AGCCAUGCCUUCUGAGCGGAAAUCGACGCGGGGGAAGACUCGGUCUAAGGCCAGGGCCCUGCGGAGGAUCCGCGCCAGGCUGCUAAGUUGUGAGGCGGCGCGCAGUGCCAAUAACCCGGUGGCGAUCGGGUCGCACCCAGGGAGCAGCAUCCCCGGGCGCGAGGCUGUCAUGGCGGCCACGCCUCAGCCCCGCUGGCGGGCGUCUCUGAACGGCCUCCGGGCUGAGACGCGCUAUUCUCUGGUGAAGAUGUGGGCCCACAAGCGCUUCGUGCUGCUCUUCCUCACCAUCUUCUUGUUGGUUUUGCUGUGCUACUACCUGAACACCGCGUUCUGGAAUUCUGUGUCUCCAAGUAAACGUAUUCUGUGGAGCAGUGAAAGUGCUAAUGGACAAUCUGUGGAAAAAAGUUCCAUUUGGGAAGCUCUGUUAAAAUUUUUCUUUCCAACAACAUGCAUUCCAAAGGAGAAUCAGGUGGUGAAGGCUUGCAAUGAGCUGCAAGAUUAUAACAUGAGUGAAUGUUUGGACUACAAAUGCUGUUAUUCACCCUUCAGGACCAGUAACCUCAGCUGCUUUGCCCCAUUAAAAGAUAAGCCUACACAGAUGUUCAGGAUGUUUGGGCUUGGUGUGAUCAGCGUGAUCAUCCUGGGAUGUCUGACCAUUUAUUGCUGCUCUCUUUGCCGGAGGAGGAAAUGGGCCAAUCCUUUACGAAGGAAAGUCAACAGAAUUUUAAAGGGUUUGAAGAAACAAAGAAAGAAAAUAAAGAGGGAUGCUCAAAUGUUUGGGAGAGCAGUAGAAGACAAGGAAGGUGUAAGUGAUGAAAACGAACAGGAGACCAAAGCAUUAUUUUCCCACUGAGAAGAACACAAACCAUUCAGAGCAGAGGAGACUGUCCCAGUCAUCUAAACUUGAUGGAACAUUUUAAAAGGACAAAAAUUCGUUCUUAUUUUUGUCAUGUUUACUUCCAAAU